UUACUUUCAAUCUAAUUUUAAAAGAAAAAUUGUUGCAGCUCAGCAUGCUUCUGAUCCAGUGUGUGACUAAAAGUUCUGUUCUGCUGCAUAGCUCUGCCAGGAGAGUGGAGCUUUUCUAGCACAAGAAUAACUGUAAGGUGUCCUUUUACCCAUGGAGUCACAAAAAUGUGCACAAAAGUUUUCUGGCUUCUUUCAUUUCUCUUUUACCGAUUUAAAUAAAUGAAUGCUGUACAGUAGUAUGUCUUGACUGACCACUGUUUUCUGUAUUUUGCAGUUGGGUCAGGAAAUGACUGGUUUCAUGGAAUAAUCCAGCAAACAGCAUAGGCUGAUAUGAAGGAAACUACAGUGGGCUGAGUGGUCCCAUUUCAGAGUAAUGUCAGAGUUUAAGAAAUUAGAACUGCUAAUAGUUCUACUUAAUGUAGAAAACACUCCCUGGCUGGGGGCUACCUUACCAGACCAUAGCUCUUCUAACAUUUAGAAAAACUUGCCCCUGGUGCAUAUCCCAUGGGGACUGUGGUACAUCAGCCACUGAGUCUUCUCUUGGCACAUCAUGAAGUGGCAGGAGCUGCACUGCUUCUUACAAACAGCAGAAGAAAGUGUAUUUCGGGAUGUCCUGGAAAUCCUGACAAGCACCUCAAGUGCCAUUGAGCAGACCUGUAAGGACUCCUGUGGGCUGGCAGAUCUGGACACCUGCCUGCUGCUCAUAGCAGAAUGCUUCAGAUGUCUGAGGAAUGCCUGUGUUGAGUGUGCCAAGAAUCAAUAUGCCAUGAGGAACUUGGGUCUCAUCUCUACAUCUGUCCAUUUGAUGAAGUUGCUUCAUGGAAUACAAAUCAAAGAAGAAUUGUUACUGACUGCUCUUCGUUGUAGUCUCCAGUUUCUUGGAAACAUUGCAGCAGGAAAUGGAGAUUCCCAGAAUAGCAUUUGGAAGUGUGCUUUUCCAGAUCUCUUCUUGACAUGCCUGACAUACAGUGAUGAGAAAAUUGUCACCUAUUGCUGCAUGGUCCUGUUCACCUGCCUGAAUUCAGAGCGAGUGAGAGAACUCCUGGAUCCGGGGAACUUGACUGUGGCUCUUCACGUCCUGAGAGUCUACAAAGAGCAGCUGGAUUCUGAGUGGUCGUUCCUGAUUGUUACAGAACAUUUGCUGAAAUGUCCAGAGCUGGUAAAAGCCCUCUAUGCCAAACUGAGCAAUCAAGAAAGAAUUACUCUGUUAGAACUGAUGAUGGUGAAAGUAAGUGACAAGAACUCAGUUACCAGUGAAGAAAUGAAUGUGUUUGUCAGACAUGCUGACUUCCUUGCAGAUUGUUUCCAAGAGAAGUGUGGAGCUGUGCUCAAGUUAACUGCUGCAGCAGACGUGGAAGAUGAGGAAGCACUGGUGACAAUUCGUCUUCUCGAUGUUCUUUGUGAAAUGACCUCAAACAACAGCCAGUUGGAACAUCUGCAGGCAUUCCCUGGUUUGCUUGAAACAGCUGUAGAUACCCUGAGAUUAACUCACCUUGCUGGGAAACAGGCUGUAAAUAUUUUCACUGCCACACAUGCCAUGACAGGGCAGGAAGAAAUUUCACAUCCAGCCGUGGGUUUCAAAUCUCAUCUCAUUCGUUUGAUUGGAAAUCUGUGUUACAAGAAUAAGGAAAACCAAGACAAGGUAUAUGAGUUGGAUGGCAUUUCCUUGAUUCUGGACAAUUGCAGCAUUGAUGACAACAAUCCUUUUGUGAGCCAGUGGGCAAUUUAUGCGAUCCGGAAUCUCACUGAACAGAACGAGCGGAACCAGGCACUGAUUGCACAGAUGGAGCAGAAGGGGCUGGCAGACAGCUCUGCCCUCGAGAGGAUGGGCUUGGAGAUACAGCAACGAGAUGACAAGUUAAUUCUGCGGUCAGUCAGGAAAAAGCCCUCCUGAGCAAAAAUAUUAGCAGUAGUCAAAUCACUAAAAAUGUAUUUCUCUUAUAAAAUAUUUUCCCUUUCUCAGCAGCCAGUUUUUUUCAGAUCUGUUGAAAUUGUUGUGUUUGUUCUUAGAAAAACUGCCAGAUGAUGCCUCUUCCUCCCUUUGCUGUAAACAAAAGGUCACCUGUGUAUUUUCUAUGUACCUGGAUAAAUCAGCUUGUGAAACAAGGUCCUUCUUGUCAGUUGGUUGGAAUUUCAUUACUUCUUUUUUCAUCAGUAGAAGAAUGUCAUACGUGCAGUAUCGACUUGUUAUAAUUUCCUUUGCUGAACCUGGAGAUAACUGUCAUUUUAAAAACUACAGAAAGAAAGAGCUCCUUUGCAGGUUGCCUUCUUCAUGUAAAAGGUCUGUGCUGAGUCAGGGCUAAACAAGCAAAGUUAGUAAUUUUCAAUCAUGGGACCUAAAUAUCUCUAUUUAUAUAAGCAUCAAAGUUGGAUGUACUUAAAUAUUUAGUGAAUUAAAUACAACGUGCCUUUUGUCUAUAUAAGUAUUAGUAAACUCUCUUUUCUACCUUGAUACCUAUCAGUCUUCAUGACAAGUAUAUUAAAACCAAAGCUGAAGCUGUUGUGGCAA